AUGCUGCCACGCUCAAGUCGUCGUCUUUUCACGCCUAGAAGUACCUGUAGUAGAAGAUCCAGCGCCACUUCUUCUACUCCAACGUCGACCCACCCCCAACACUCCGCACUGCGCACCGCUUUCCUCCACAUCCAACAACGUCCGAUUGAAUAUGCCAGCAUUCCCUGCGUGGCAGCCUUUGUGGGCAUUACGACCAAUUGGAUGGGAGUCAAAAUGCUCUUUUAUCCGAUCGAGUAUUUCGGAACCGAAAUGUAUCGAGAAAAGGACACUCCCUACGGCCUCUUUGGAUGGCAAGGCGUCGUGCCGACCAAGAGUCAGAUGAUGGGAGAUCGACUCACGACAAUCGUCACGCAACGAUUACUGAGUCUCGAGGAAGCCUUUGGGAGGAUGGAUGCGACGGAACUGGCCCAGUUUCUACAACCGGCUGUGGAAGACGUGGUCCGGAACGAUUGUGGAGAGUACUGGUACCGCGUAUUAAAGCCGUUGCUUCCUUUUGUACUGCCCUAUGCCGUGGCCAAUCUACAAAAGGAAAUCACCAAUGUGCUGGAUUUGCGAGCCAUUGUCAUGACAUCCUUUGUCCGAGAUAAACAAGUGCUGGUGGACUUGUUCCAAAAAGUGGGCCGAGUUGAAUUGGAAUUCUUGGUCAAUUCCGGAUUUGGCUUGGGUUUUGGGUUGGGACUGUUGCAAAUGCUGGGGUGGGCUGCCACUCCCCGAGCUUGGACACUGCCGGUAGCCGGAGCCUUGGUGGGAUAUGUCACCAAUUGGAUUGCCAUCAAACUGCUCUUUGAACCAGCCGAACCUGUCCACAUUGGACCGUUAGUGGUACAGGGAAUGUUUGAGAGUCGACAGGUCCAAGUCUCGGACGAGUUUGGUGGGUUUAUGGAAGAACGCGUACUCAAUUCCGAACAAUUAUUGGAAGCUUUAGCCAAAGAUGGAGAUGACGGGGAACUAUUCAAAUUUUUGAGGCGGCAACUGCCGUAUCCCAUCCCCGCGCAUAUCAUUUCGGCUGCCGUCAAGGCAGUCCAGCUAGUGGCCAAGGAGAAGGAAGGGUAUCCCGAAUUACAUGCUUAUGUCACUGACAAGAUUGAUAUCAGUGAAACAUUGGCCAGCCGUUUGAAGCUGCUGUCCCCGACCGAUUUUGAAGACUUGCUCCAUCCAGUCUUUCAAGAAGACGAAAUUACUUUGAUUGCAACAGGUGGUAUAUUGGGCCUGGUUGCGGGAAUGGCACAAACGCGGCUUGGUUGGGGCGGUCCGGCGGCAACACGAAAGGCUCUAGCUACCAUUGCAGCAGUGUUGGUGUCCAGCGCGGCUCUUUAUGGAUCCCAGAAAGUGGAAGAAAAGUUGGAUGAACAGGUUCCCAGCAAGACGCCCACCGCAGUGCUUCAAAGGAGAGUCACGGUCGUUCGAGUGGAGCCUUACUAG